AUGUCCGUUUUCGUUGCGCCAACCAACAGCCACCGCCCUCUCUGCGACUCUCCUUGUUCCAGACGGUCUUCCUUUGUGUCCUUGUUUCUGUUGGAAUUGCUUUGGCGCAUUUGUUUCUGUGUUCCCGGCCCACCGUCUGAACAGGGAGGCUGCGAUUUUCGGUUGAGAGAGUCGACGAGAAGCAAGAAGACGAAAAUCAAGACGAAGGGCUACGGGGGAGGAUCCAAGUCGCGCAAAGUCGUGCCGCCAUUUUUCGAGCCGGUGAGCUGGUUCGCUUCUCUUGUACGCUCUUUCCACCUUCCUCGGCCGGUUGACACGGUUUGCGCGUGCGAUCACGGCCAUUUCUCUGCCUUACGACCUCGACGAACAACGACGACAACCAUUUUGACGACCACCGGAUCCGACCAGACUGACUCGGUUUCGCUUGCUAUCUUGUUCUCUGUCUCCUUUCGCUACACAUCUCGUGCGACCGGACUACGAACUCGACACGCGAGCGGCAGUGACGUUGCGCAUCCCGAAGCUCUCUCCCUCGCGCAACAUACAACAUAUCUCCCGCCUCUCCAUCUCCUCAUCCUGCCGUCUACCGCCAUGUUCUUCCUCCACAACCUCGAGCGGCGCGUGACGCUGCACCCGUCCUACUUUGGCCGCAACAUGCACGAGCUGGUGACGACCAAGCUGCUCAAGGACGUCGAGGGCACAUGCGCCGGUAACUACUACAUAAUAUCCAUCAUGGACACGUUUGACAUUUCGGCGGGCAAGAUUCUGCCGGGCAACGGCCUGGCCGAGUUCACCGUCGGCUACCGCGCCGUUGUGUGGCGGCCCUUCAAGGGCGAGACGGUCGAUGCCGUCGUCUACUCGGUCAACCCGCACGGUUUCUUUGCACAGGCAGGACCGCUGCGUCUGUUUGUGUCGUCUCAUAUGAUCCCUAGCCAGAUCAAGUACGACCCAAACGCGACGCCACCCCAGUUCACCGACAACGAGGACUACCGGAUCGAGCCCGGGACGCACAUCCGGGUCAAGAUCAUGGGCACGCGCAGCGAGGUCGGCGAGAUGUGGGCGAUUGGCACGAUAAACGAGGACUACCUUGGGUAUGUGAUUUACACGUGCACGCGCACGAGCGCCGGCACACAAACAACUACUUUUGUUUUGGCCCGACGUGAUUUUGUGACCUUGUGUUUAUGGCUUUCUUUGUUUCCGCUUUUGUUUCCCUUUGCUGACACCGUAUUCCCAACAGCCCGCUGGGACCAUGAGAGUGAGCGUGUGCUAUCCGCGUUGCAGCGACGGCACGGCGACUCUGGAAAGUAA